CCAAUGCGCGUGCGGGUCAGGGGUUAUCUAAAGGCGGAAACUUUGGGUCUGCCAGUCUGCCCAAACCAACUGUUACGUUUGAGUAGGAAGCAUAAUGUAACGCGGUUUUCGGACCAGUGAUCAAGGCGUUGUCUGUGACACUCCAGCAAGUCGUCUAGUUUGUCUACAUUCAACAUGGGCUGGCCAGACUGGGCAAAUUCUACGCAGCUAUGCGUAGCCACAGGUUGCGGGGUGGUUGUGGCAGGCCUCCUGACCUUAAGACAGCUGAGGAAGUGGAGGAAGAAGGGAAAGAAGGAGGAACACAAGAAGGAUGUCGUGUACCUGUAUGGCUUUAAUCGCACCAAGUUCCAACCCAGCAUCAGUGGGCCCUGUCUGAAGGUGGAGACGUGGCUGAGAAUGGCUGGAGUCAAAUAUGAGUUGGUUGAUGCCUUGAAGAGUGGUAGGAGGUCCAAAUAUGGGCAGCUGCCCUUUGUGGAGCUGAAUGGCACAGAGAUUGCAGACUCCAACAUCAUCAUCCAGCGACUGGCCAGGCACUUCAACGCAGACAUGGAUGCUGACCUUUCACCUGAGCAAUGUCCCACCAGGACCAUGUAUAACUACUAUUUCGUGGAGCGUAUGGACCUGUUCGGUCAGAUGAUAGGGUUACCUGGCCCCAAGAUUAUCCACUGGCUCAUUUGCAACAGGAUCUCAAAGAUGAUGCGGGACAAGUUGUCCCACCAGGGCAUUGGCCGUCACAGUAACACAGAAGUGUACCAGCUGGGUAACGCUGACAUCAGGGCACUCUCCACACUGCUGGGAGACAAACCAUUCCUCAUGGGGAGCAAGCCUACCACUGUUGAUGCUUCAGUGUUUGCACACCUGGCAUGGUUGGUUUACCUGCAGCUGCCGUCACCUCACAGGCAGGUCAUCGUCAACUCCUGCAGCAACCUGCUGAACUACUGCGACAGGAUGAAGGACCAGUUCUACCCAGACUGGGCACAGCUAUGCGCUGAGGGGAAGUGAGGCACCGUGGGGACGUGGACUCCUCUCUUACAGUGAGAUGGAUUCGACAGGAAGACCAGUAAAGGGAAUAAUAAUAAAACAUACAUCUAUGUACCUGUUUCCAACUAAAAGGCUAAAGGAAACUACAUUUGCACCAAUAAUGACUGCAGUGUUGUGGAAAGGCUGAUGUCUUUUAGCCAAAUCAUAUCUUCACAGUGUUAAGGACUGCAAAGAUACAGAUACAUGUAUUACUGUGCUGCUCUAUAGCAAGGAAAAAUAACAUUGAUACAUUUGUGGAAAAUUAUAACUUGUGCAGGUAGAGGGCUGAAGGAAAGGCCCUCAGUUGUAUCCUGUAACUUGUACAGGGACCACAAAUUUACUAAUGCUGCUUUGAAGAUGAUUUGCCAUGUUACUAUUGUUAGAGUGAAGGUUUGGUAGUGUAUCCAUGUAUGAAGGAUUCUUCAGUUAACGUGACUUUUGCAAAGUAACACUGCAUAGUGCAGACUGUGCCAUGCUACUAUGAUAUUAUCAUAAUCUGUUCUUUUUGCAUUAAGUGCUAGAGACCUGUCCUGAUCUUCUGUUGGAAUGUACCCCUUUGAGGAUGUCUAACAAACUUGUGGUGUAAUAUUCCAACUAUGUGAUCACAAAAAUGUGUAGUCUUUUGAUCUUGUCAUACAUGUACCUGUAAAAUUGCUAUGCAAAUGAAAGCAUAAGAUUUAACAACUUG